ACAGAAUCUAAGAUCACGGAGAAGCAAGUGCCAACUAAAGACCAAGUGUCUGCGACCCCCGUGGGAAACCAUGAUGCUCAGUCUUCAGGCUCAGAAUCCCCCACAGUGUACCUGAAGGAUGUCAUGUGUUACCUGUCCUUGCUGGAAACGGGGAGACCUCAGGAUAAGCUAGAGUUCAUGUUUCGUCUCUAUGAUUCGGAUGAGAAUGGUCUCCUGGACCAAGCGGAGAUGGAUCGUAUUGUCAACCAGAUGCUACACAUUGCCCAGUAUCUCGAGUGGGAUCCCACGGAGCUAAGGCCUAUAUUGAAGGAGAUGUUACAAGGGAUGGACUACGACCGGGAUGGCUUUGUGUCUCUCCAGGAGUGGGUCCACGGAGGGAUGACCACCAUCCCAUUGCUCGUCCUCCUGGGCAUGGACGACUCUGGCUCCAAGGGGGACGGGAGGCACGCCUGGACCAUGAAGCAUUUCAAGAAACCAACCUACUGCAACUUCUGCCAUGUCAUGCUGAUGGGCGCUCGGAAGCAAGGCCUGUGCUGCAUUUACUGUAAAUACACCGUCCAUGAACGCUGUGUAUCCAAAAACAUUCCUGGGUGUAUCAAAACGAACUCAAAAACCAAAAGGGGAGGAGAGUUUCACCGCAAAUGUGAAUUGUCAACUUUGUGUGACGGUGGGGAGCUCAGAGACCAUAUUUUGCUGCCCACGUCAAUAUGCCCCAUCACCCGGGACAGGCAAGAUGGGAAGUCUGACGGUAGCGUGUCAGCCAAGGACGAACUUGUAACGCAGUAUAAGAUCAUCCCCACCCCGGGUACCCACCCUCUGCUGGUUUUGGUGAACCCCAAGAGUGGAGGGAGACAAGGAGAAAGAAUUCUUCGGAAAUUCCACUAUCUGCUCAACCCCAAACAAGUUUUCAACCUGGACAAUGGGGGGCCUACUCCAGGACUCAACUUUUUCCGUGAUACUCCAGACUUCCGUGUCUUGGCCUGCGGAGGAGAUGGGACAGUUGGCUGGAUUUUGGAUUGCAUUGAUAAGGCCAACUUCGCAAAGCAUCCACCCGUGGCUGUCCUGCCUCUUGGAACGGGAAAUGACCUGGCCCGCUGUCUCCGCUGGGGAGGGGGUUAUGAAGGGGGCAGCCUGACAAAAAUCCUGAAGGACAUUGAGCAGAGCCCCUUGGUGAUGCUGGACCGCUGGCAUCUGGAAGUCAUCCCCAGAGAGGAGGUGGAGAAUGGGGACCAGGUCCCGUACAACAUCAUGAACAACUACUUCUCCAUCGGCGUGGAUGCUUCCAUCGCACACAGAUUCCACGUGAUGAGAGAGAAACACCCUGAAAAGUUCAACAGCAGGAUGAAGAACAAGCUGUGGUACUUUGAAUUCGGCACCUCAGAGACCUUCGCAGCCACCUGCAAGAAACUCCACGACCACAUAGAGUUGGAGUGUGACGGAGUUGGGGUGGACCUGAGCGGCAUCUUCCUUGAAGGCAUUGCUAUUCUCAACAUUCCCAGCAUGUACGGUGGCACCAAUCUCUGGGGAGAAACCAAGAAGAACCGGGCUGUGAUCCGGGAAAGCAGGAAGGUCGUCACUGACCCCAAGGAACUGAAAUUCUGCAUUCAAGACCUCAGUGACCAGCUUCUUGAAGUGGUGGGGCUAGAGGGAGCCAUGGAAAUGGGGCAGAUCUACACUGGCCUGAAGAGUGCAGGCAGGAGGCUGGCCCAGUGCUCCUCUGUCUCCAUCAGGACAAACAAGCUGCUGCCAAUGCAAGUGGACGGAGAGCCCUGGAUGCAGCCACCUUGCACGAUUAAAAUUACUCACAAGAACCAAGCGCCUAUGAUGAUGGGGCCCCCCCAGAAGAGCAGCUUCUUUUCUCUGAGGAGGAAGAGCCGUUCAAAAGACUAGACACUAUGCCCAAUGCGAGUUCAACCAAGAGAGAAGACAAGAGACUGAAGCACACACAUACACACGUACACACCACACACAUGCGCGCGCGCGCGCGCGCACACACACACACACACACACACACACACUCUCUUCUCCAACCAGUGGAAGCCAAGCCACCCUUCAGCAAGAAGGCUUCACCCUGACAGCCAUUCUAUUUCAACUAUGGACACACUCCAACAGAGCCAGUGCCGGCAGGACAUUGUGAAUGGACUUAGAGCCCUCCAGGGCUCAGCUGGCUCAUGCAGCAACUCCCACUUUCCCAGAAGACCUUGAGCGGGACUUUCUGAGACUGAAGGAGAAACCCCCCCUUUCUUUCCACCACCCCUGCAAGUUUCCUCGCCGCUCUCAAGGAGCAGGCUGCAGGUUUCCUGUCUAAGGGGAGAUCGGAUGUGGCCAAGGGAAAGAGCCUGCGUUCCAGGGGACGCUCACAAAGGUCCCUCUGUGAGGAGACAAAAACACCUCCAACUCUCAGAUCGCAGCCCUUGGCAGGACUAAGCAUACGCACGCUGGUUUCUUGGUUGUCCUUCGAGUGACAGCUUCUCCCGGAACUUGCUGAGGAGGCAGAAAGGCUGUGGAAAGCUGCGUUUCCCUUCUUGGUUCUGCGCACCCUCAGUGGGCAGUGGUGAUUUUCCUGAAGCCUUCUGCUGGCUGUGUGUUUGUUUAGAGCCGGCUCCAAGAGCCCCCAGAGCUGCCUACAUAGCACACCUUAGAUGUGGUAUUUAUUUUCUUAGUUCUGUGAACACCUGGGAGGGAAAGCAGAGAAACUGAGAUUUAUUUUUCAAAUUGGUGUCAUAAUAUUGUGUAAAAAGGGAAGAAAAAAAAAAAAACCACCCCCAGCUUCUUUCUUUUUCAAGCCACAGCGUGUUUCCUGUUUGAGUUCCAAGCCCUGGUGGCAGACUAUUCCUGAAGGCAAAGAAGAUGGGAGGGAAGGGCCUUUUGCUGAGGAGACCAGGAGACAAGGCGUCAGGCAGUUCCCUCCUGCCUCUGCAACGACCACUCCCCGAGCACGACCUGAAGGCCCUACUGAAGGUCUUAAGUGUGUGUACUUAUAUGUAGCAUAUAUAUAUUUAUAUAUACAAAUAUUUAUUUACUGGUGGAUUUUUCUGGAUUGAAAAAAAUAUGCAGUACAAGAACAGAAAGUGGGAAAGAAAAAGAAGGCUCUGACUCCCCGUUUCUGCCAUUUCAUUGUCAAGGCACAUUGCCCUGUGGUGAUCAUGAGAUUUAAGGGAAAUUGAAGUAUCUCCUUAUCAUAAAGAGACUGAGAAUUUCCAUUCUGGAUCCUCAAAACAACAUGAAAGCUAUGCUGGGCAGGAUUUACUCUCCCAUUUGUCAGAUAAGGAAACUGAGUCUCGGAAAAGUUAAGAGACUUGUCCAUGGUAUCUUGGCUAAUGUGGUUUGGGACUAGGUACCACUAAGAAGAUAUGUAACAGGGAAAAGAACCUACACAUCUUGGAAAAGGGUCAUUUCUGGUCACUGAGAAGCGAUUCCAUUUGGAUCCAGGUUGCCAGAGAGGAAUGAACGUGUGGCACAUGUGUGGACGGGACAAGCCCACAUGAGAGAAUGAGGCCUCCCAAUACUUCCCAGAGACUCUCUCUGGCCUGACCUGGUGAGAAGCUGGUCCAGGGUUGAAGGCAGUGGACAGAUCUUCAAAUUAAACUCUCCACAUGUCAUCUCAUCAUGGUCACCAUAGUCUCUUAAUCUAGAAACCCCUCUGGCUGCCCGGAUGACCUCAGUGGAGAGGCACAAGGAGGACAGAGGCACCUCAGCAGGGAGCUGCCAGCCAGUGCCCAGAGGGGCCUCAGCAGAGUUCAGUGGGCUUCAUUCAGCUGGCAACAGCAUCACCGCCCUCCCCGAGGGCAAGUCUGUGGAGAGCUUUGUUGGUAAAAAGAAACAUUCACCUCAGCACCUUUGCUCCUUCAGCCUCCAUCCCCUCUGAGAUUUCCGAACAGGAAACCUGGACCCACUCGACGUCACUCCACUGAGCUCCCUCUGAUCUCCUAACACUGGGUCAGGAACUUUGCGCAAGGAAGGGAAAAUUAGGAUUGUGUGUACAAACUGAUCCUAACUCUGAAAGAAGCAGUCAUCUAGGACCGUCUAAGACAGAGAUCUAGAACCAUCCUGUUCAACCUAACAGUGCAGACCGCUGGGCAAGGGGAAAGCAGGCCACCUGAAGAAUGUCCUGAAUGAUGGGCUCCUUGGGGAUGGGACUAACAAGCUCAGAAUGACAACAGGUACUAUCUUUGAAGCCACUUGAUUCUGAAAUGAAGGCAGGUUCAAUUGGGGGUCGCUGAUUCUAAGACAUUUGCAGAAAUUCUUGAAUGUGUUUCAGCCUCAGCCCCCCAAGAUUGAAGCUGUUGAGACAUGGCACUGUCAACAGGUGAAAGUGAUUCUUAGAGACUCACAAGUCAGAGACUGGCCCCUGCCUGCCCACUGUGGUGCACAGGACUGGCAAUGUUGCUUGAGAGACAUGGCCCAUGUCCUCCUUAAAGCCACAAAGUAUAGCAAACAUCGGUGGAAUUGUACUUUCAAUUUUGUAACCUCAGUAAGUCUGGUGGUGGUGUUUAAUCUGACUUUGCAACUCAUCCCUUAACUACUGGGACUGUGGUUUCUCACUGUGGAGUACCUCAUCAUAGUGCUCCUCACAGCAACCCCUGAGGUUGACAGAGAGGAUAUUAUUAGCCCCAUCUAAAUAAUGAGGAAAGCAAGGCUUACUAUAAUUUAGUGACUUCUCAAAGUUAGGCAGGCAGGGGAGAAUCCUCCCUCAUUCCUCAUCGCAUUCUGAUUCUGGCCGUGCCCCAGACAUGUUCUCACCUGCCCCCACAGUUCUACCCCUCUAGCAGUAAAAAGAAUGAAACAGGAAGUCUUCAAUACAUUAUGUUGUCCCUGGACUAAUGGGCUAGGCGUUGCAUCUCAUUAUGACUUGGUCUUUGUAGGUUUCCUCCAGUGAGUUGAGAAUGGAGACAGACUUAGUAGAAUGAUUAUAUUUCAGGUCAGAGACCAGCUCCUCUCAAGAGAGCUCUUUCCACAGAUGGAAAAGAUAUGUUAAAAUUGCCAAAUAAAUUAGGAAAUACUUGGCAGAAUCUGGAAGAACCUCCAGACUGGCGUUACAUAACAUGCAUAUACAUUAUACAUAUGGACAUUAUAUAAGGUGACAUAGUACUUAAUGUGCUGUAUAUAUUAUGUAAAUUACAUAUUUGUGAGUAAUCAUGAUAAAUAUAGAGACCCACUAAUCACUUUUUUACACAUACCCAGUGACAGAUUAGGAAGUUACUUUGCCAGAGAGUCUUAAAACUUACUCUCUCCUGCUGCUUUGGUUCCAACUCCUGCCAAAAAUAAUUGCAUCAACUUUUCCCAUCUCUAGCCCCCUCUCCUCUUAGCCAAAACCCUCAGUCCUAGCUAGGCUGUACCUUCCGUGGAACACUAUCAUGAUUGAGAUCCAUAAAAAUAGAUUCUGGGGAUGGGGAGGAUCUAGACUCCCAGAUUCCCUGUGUCACCGACCUACACCCCAAGGCUCCCAGGCAGAUGGAUGUCUAAUGCUAAUAUUAAAGGGAGAGGGAAGGGGAGAGAGGAAGUCUACCAACCCUCCAAGGAAGGAAACUUCAGUGUUCCUUGGCCACCAGUCCCAGGAUCUGACCAUAAUCAAUCAGGAAGUUAUUUCAAAAGUCUAGUUUAAGUUUCUGCAGCAUAUCUGAAACCAUAAUUUCCUAAAAUGUGUUUCACACAAUACCAGUAUCCAUAAAAUGCUCCAUGAACAAAAGAGUUCUGUGGUCAAGUACUAGAUCCCCUUCUAGAAGAAAUGGUGGGCUUUGAUUUGUCUGUUGACGUCCAUAGAUUAGAAACAUUGCCUUAAGCCCACCAUUUCUUCUUUUUGUUCUCCGUGGAGAUGGGAACAUUGAAGUAACCAUCCUCUGCAAUAAUAUUCCAUAAAGUACUUUUCUAGUUCAAGGAACUUCUCUUCUUAAGACACUCUUUCUAGUUUCUUCUGUGAUUGUUUAACUACUUUUAUGGUUCCCCCCUACGUGUCUUCAAGCAAGAAUCAAGGAUCUGGCCUCUUUGCUUCCUGAGUGGAGAAGGGUUUGGGGAAAAAUUAAGGGGAAAACAGGAUAGCUGCCAGGGGCCAGAUUUCAUCUGUGCAGCUCUAGAGGACAGAACCAGGUCUAAAGAACACAGUUGUGGAAAGGAUUGGUGUUUAUUCAGUUUAAUAACCACUCUUGGAGCUAGCUGGCCGAAUAUGGACAGAGCUCACUUGUGAGGGAGUGAACAGCCACCUGCUCUUAUAGGAAGAGCCUUGACCUAGUUGAGGAGGAACAAGCGGUGAUCGAUCUACCUUGUUUAAACGCUGUUGGAACUAUUUUAGUAGGCAUCAGUGUUAAAUCAAUAGGUCUAGUACUUCCUUUUGAGCAGCAAACCUCAGUGUCCAUUGUUUUCUGGAAGAGUGAAAGAUGACUCGCAGAGAGAUUUCUGGAUCAGAAAAUAAUAUUCAUAAAGUCGUUUUCUAAAGUACUUUUCUCCUUGUUCUAGAAAAGUACUUUCUGGUCUAACUGGUACUGACCAGUUAGACCACACUUGUACAUGGCGGGAUUGACCAGAAUCAUUGGCGCCCUCAAGGGCAGCUAGUGGUGGAGUUGACCUUUCCUUGGCGGCUCUGAAAGUUAAAGGAAUGAGUUACAGUGUUAAGCCCAAAAGAGAUUUUGCAUUUCUGUUGGUGUUCAUAUUAGCAGUUUGGAACUGUUCUCCUAAUCACGAGUACCAGACCUGCAUCCGACUUGCAAUAAAUAGCAAGGAAAAAGAAACUAUCCUACAUCUCAAAUACCAGUCAAGUUUUGCAUAAAACAGGUGAACAGAAUUGUGUAGGAUUUCACAUGGGGCCGUCAUUUUUAGCUCACCUUAACGUUCCACCAUACUCAAGUACGUAUUUUAAAUUUCUACUAUAGAAAGAAAAUAGGAAAGGGAAUUCUCAUUUAUGGCUUGCUGAGUACAGGGCACUGUGUCAAGGCCUUUUCAUGUGCUAUCCCAUUUAAUCCUCAUGAUCUGGGCAUUUUGCUUAUUUCACAGAAAAAGGAGUUAGUGUAUAGAAAGGUGAAGUACCUUGUCCAAGGUCAAACACAUAGCAACUAGUAGAGCAAAGACUUGACAUGGGUCUGUCUUACAUCAACAUUUAUGCUUUUUCCACUAUAUUCUAAUGCCUUUAACCUUCUUAUCUCACUAUUUCCAACCCUACCAUCAUCCUGGGUGAGAUUACACAGCAGUGAAAAAUUGAUGUCCUACCUGGUCAACCUCUGUAUUGGGGAUGGGACUAACAAGCUCAGAAUGACAACAGAUGGCAAGAGGCAGGAGAUCCAACUAAAGAGAAGAGGAUCCGACAGCAGGUUGCUGACCCAGCGUACAGCACAGCUGCCCUCUCCUGUAGAAUGGGAAGAAGUCACCUUGUGUGCCUCUCUGUACCGUCAGCCUCAGUGCUCG